UUGGAAAGGAAGUAUAUGGAAAAAAAUAGAAGGAAUUAUAUGAAGUAUCUCAUCAACCAGCUUUAUUCCAUGCUCCCUGCUCAUGCCUCUACGUCUCAGGACACAGUGGCAGCGCCUGAUCAAGUACAUGCAGCAGAGAAGUACAUAGAUAGCUUAGAUAAGAAAUUGGAGAAGAAGAAGAAGCACUUGGAACAAUUGAAAAUGGGCACAAAGACAACUAAGUCACCCCCUCAGAUCGAAUUCCAUGAAAUGGGCCCAAACAUGGUCGUUGUUUUGAUAACUGGCCUUGAUGAUUUAGCCACUUUCAAUAACCUCAUUCGAUUAUGCCAUGGGGAAGGUGUUGAAGUUGUGUCUACCAGCUUUCAACUCAAUGGAAAAACUACACUGCAAAUUUCUCAUGAAACUAAGGUGCAGAUCAACAAAAGUUCAACAAUGGAAUUUAGAGCUACAACUCUGUGUGAUAAGAUGAAGGAAUUGAUUGAUGGACCAUCUCGCAGCAAUGACAUGGAAUCCCAACUACAUUUAUGGGACUACGUAAUUGAAUCUGGACAGAUAGAAUUUGAUGCACUGGAGUUAUUACCAACAAGAAGUCACAUGCAAAAUGUUCAAGAAACCCCUAGCUCUUUGUGGAACUGA